CCGCUUGCUCUUCGAACAUUCAACUGAGCACUGAACGCUCUCAUAAUUCCAAGUUUCCUCUUCGUGAAGACUAGGGAACGCACCAUCUACACCAGAUCAGUAGCUUAUAGUUGGCGAGAACGUCAGACUCGAAUUAUCUUUAGCGGUGCACAGCAAUUUCGCGCUGCACGCUGCAGAUUGCACGCGCGUCGGAGGCCAAUUUGAGAGCCACGCAGCACGACCGGACUGGCGCGAUUCCUCCCCUCGAGAUCAUCAUGAGCGCAUUGGAGGCCCUCGCGUCGCCACGUCAGCCACCGUCCUUCGGCACGGUCGCGUCGUGGCGAAAGCUGCGAAUCGUCGCGGCGACGGUGUUACUCGUGGUGCUCGUGCUUAUGAGCUACUUCGGCCGCGGCUCAGCCUCGCGCGACUCGGAGACCGCCGGGCGGCGCGGAACGAGCGGAGCGACGAUGGGGGCGAUGAUGCGGGGAACGACGGCGCAGCGUCGGCAGCUGGCGCGGCAGGGAUUGAUGUCCACCGGCGGUGGCGGUGGCGGCGCCGCAGCGAGCCCACUGCAAAAGAUCCGUGACUGGGUGAGGCGAUUCGGCAAGAAGCGGCGAAGCAAGAGGGCUUCUCGACUCGGCAAGCUCGUGGCAGACCCCGGGCUGGGCCUUCCCCCACCGCGUCGCGACGUGCUGAUGCAGAGGGAGGAGUUCAACCCCGUGUCGCGAUACCUCUCCACGGGGCUCUCCGUGGACGCCGCUACAGGCGCCGCGUCGUGGUCCGUGGAAGCCGGCGACGUGGACCACCGAUGGAUGUACGGGAUCGCGCAGAGCCAAGGCAACUGCGCGUCAUGUUGGGCUACAUCGGUAGCGGAUGCAGUUCAAGGCGCGUACGGACUCUUCUCCGCUUCCUCAUCCUCAACCUCGUUUGAAGACUCCUCGCCACCCGUUUACCACCGCUUCAUGUCGCUCUCCACGCAGCAGCUCGUGGAUUGCGCGGGUGCGGGCGCCACGUGCGCGGGUGGUUACCCGGAAGACGGGUUACAGUACGUGGCGAAGAACAAGCUGCAGUACAACUUCACCUACCUGUACACGGGCGCGGGGGGAAAGUGUAACGCGAGCCCCCAGAAGGCCGAGGCAGUGCCGCCCAUCAAGCAGUACGAGCAGGUGCCUCUGCCAGGAUUCCUAGGGCUCAUGCUGGCGCUGCAGAGGCAACCCGUUAUAGUCACGCUCCGCGCUUCAAGCGAAGACUUCAUUACCUACAGGGAGGGCAUAUACGAUAACGACGCGUGCUACAACGCGGACACACCAGCCAACGAGCAGCAGCCGCAGGAGGGAACAGCAGGCAACCUAGAAACCUCAAACCCAGACUCCAAAUACACAGCCCAAGCCCUUCCCACCGACUACGGCUACGGUGACACCAACAGCAGUGGCAGCGUCGGAAUACCCAAUGGUGGCACAAACCCUAGCCUCCCCGAGCCGACUGUAACGGCGAACCUGAUCGACCACGUGAUGCUGGCCGUGGGGUACCACUUUGAGGGGGUGGGGUCGGAAGGGAACUACUUUAUCCUGAGGAACAGCUGGGGCGAGCAGUGGGGGGAGAUGGGGUACAUGAGGAUCAAGAUGGGGAAUCCGCCGUUCGGCACGUGCGGCAUGCUGGUGCAACGAGGGCUCUACCCCGUGCUGGCUGAUGCCGUGCUGCCCAGUCCGUGUGAGGCCAACGCGUGUGGCGGAGGCGUAUGCGUUCCCUCCCCCGCGGGCACCGGAAAGUACUCAUGCUUAUGCGCCGAGCCACUGGUAGCAGCCAAGAACCGGGACGGCACCGACACCUGUGUGCCCGUCAACGUGUGCGGGCUGCUCCCCUCUGACCCCUGCGGCGUGGGCAAGUGCAUCAACAGCGGCGACGGCGGCUACUCCUGCCUCUGCCCGCCCAACUACGCCCCCAGCCAGCUGGCCUCGGGACAGACCACCUGCGCUCCUGGGAGCAGCCCUGCCGGGGCGACAUACGUGGUGCGGGGAGGCGAGACGUGCAAGGACAUCUGGACGUUCAUGGGGCUGUCGGAGGAUCUGCUGGCGGCGCAGAACAAGGGCCUGGACUGCAGCAACCUGAGGAAGGGGCAGAGCAUCAACGUGGCCCAGCCUGCCAGCAACCAGAUCUGUCGCACUCGAUACACCGCCAUGCAGGAGGAUGUGGUCUCCGAGAGUUGUGACUACAUAAACUCACGCUUUAGCAUCGAUGCUGCUCAGAUGAACCCGGGGCUGGACUGCUCGCAGCUGGUAGCCGGGCAGCAGAUCUGCAUAGCAGUGGGAGACGUGGUGACAGGCGCCCAGGACUACGAGCUGUGCACGGAGUACACGCCAGUCGUGCCGCUGGGCACCUCCACGCCGCCCACGUGCUCCGAGCUGGUGGAUGCCUAUCUUGGCGGCUCCUGGCUCAAGCUUUUCAGCCUCAACCCAGGGCUGCGCUGCGACAGCUUGGAGCAGCUGACGCUCAUGGGGCAGGAGAUCUGCACGAGGGGCACGCCGCUAGGAGCGGUGCCGUGCGGCAAGGGCAGGUCGGCGACGGUUCCCAACAAGGCGUACUAUGUGCGCAGGGGGGACACCUGCUCCUCCAUUAUUGCCUUGCAGUUCAAGAUGAAGUCCAGCCUGGUCUCCCAGCUCAACCUGGGAUGGGUCUGCCGCUCCCAGGGCCUCUACAAUGGCCUUGGACUCUGUGUACCCAUGUAGCAAUUAGGGCAUGGCCUCUAGUGGAUAGAUCCAUAGCACUCUGCGAAUAACGAGGUGACUUUUGAGUCGACUCAAAUGGCAUGGCCUCAUAGCGGAUAGAUGCAUAGCACAAUGUGAAUAACCUGGGAUGGAUUUGCCGCACGCAGGGCUUAAAGAAGGGCCUUGCGCUCUGCGUUUCGACACAAUUACGGCAUGGCCUCAUAACAAAUAUGGGUUGUAGGAUUGUGCUAAUGGCGGCGCUGGUGGUGGGUUCUUUCUCUGCGUAUUGUAGCAUUGUUGAAG